AUGGAAUCUAGAGAGAAGAGACUGAGAGUGAAGAAGCUAGAUAUAAGAGAAUGCGAGAUGAUUGCAGAUCCUGCAUUUUUAUAUAAGCUUCUUCUGGAGCAGGCAGCUACAGUUGGUUGCUCUGUUUGGUGGGAGUUGAAAAAUCGCAAAGAGAGGAUAAAGCAGGAAUGGGAUCUUGCACUUAUCAAUGUGCUCACUGUCAUGGCAUGCAAUGCUAUUGUUGUUUGGUCAUUUGCUCCUUGUCGUUCAUAUGGGAACACCUUCCGCUAUGAUUUGCAAAAUACAUUGCAGAAGCUCCCGAACAAUAUCUUUGAAAAGAGCUAUCCACUUAGAGAAUUUGACUUGCAAAAGAGAAUCCACUCUUUCUUUUACAAGGCUGCCGAGUUGUGUAUGGUCGGAUUAACUGCAGGAGCAGCACAAGGUGCUUUGUUAAAUCUCGCUGCUAAGAAAAAGGAGGGAAGGUUAUCCGUCACAAUUCCCACCGUGAGCGCUAACGCACUUGGUUAUGGAGCUUUCCUUGGUAUAUAUGCAAACUUGCGGUAUCAGCUGUUAUGUGGAUUUGAUAGAGCAAUGGUUAACCAUUUUGACGUUAUUGGGGUGGCUCUGUUUUUCAGCACAGCUUUGAGGAUUCUGAAUGUUCAAUUAGGAGAGACAUCAAGGCUGGCUUGGCUUGGCGUGGAAGUGGAUCCGUUAGCUCAGUCAGAUGACCUCUUCAAGGUUUACAAUCGGCCAUCUGAAGCUGUUGAUCAACCUUCUUCAAAGUGGUUCAUAUCAAAGAAUACCAUUGUUUCUGGUCUUGGGCUACUAGGCAUCAAACAGGGGCAGAAUGAUUCAGUGGCCGAGGGUGAAUCACAACCUCCCAAGGCUCGGAGAAAAAGAAUUGUCAGGAAAAAAACAAGUCGAGUAUAG